UACUUUCCAAUAUCUUUUGCUGGAAAUUAUCUAAGCGUUGUUCCAGAAACUGAGAUGUCUUGAUCUGCUGCUGAUUUUGAUUCAAAAUGAAUGCUCUUGAAAAGAUUCCUUCCCAAGCACUUGUGAUCCUAGCGAUAUUUGCGGCUCUUGGACGAGCUACGGAGACAUUAGAGUUGUUCCAAAACAAGGCAAUAAUUGACGGAUCUGUGGGAUACAAGCAGACGGUGGAGCGACGCUGUGAGUGCCGUGAAGCGUGCUGGCAGGACGCUAACUGCACCGGAGUGUCCAUCGCAGCGCACGCUUCACCACGCCUCCACGUAUGCAGCUUCUCUCAACAGCCUUUGGACAACACAACUGCAACACUCACCUCUAACACUGCGGCAAACACCUUCAUCAAAAAAAAAAAGCCAGUGUGCCCCACCAACUACACUGACGUGCCGAAGGUUGGAUGUCUGUUCAUCUCCACACAGAGCUUGACCUACGCCGCUGCCAAGACCGCUUGUCCCGCUGGCUCUGCUGGUCUCUUCGCCGCCACCCAAUCAAAUUUUUUACCAGAUUUCGAUUCAACCAUACGUAAACCUGAAAUUUGA